AUGGUCAUUGCAACAACGUUCUCGAGAAACACACUGUUUGUUCGAACAUUCACUUCGGUCCUCUGGAUCAUUCAGUACCGCGAGUUCACGCUAACGGACCUGUGUGGUUUACGGUCACAGAGUUUAAAAAAAAUGCUGUGCCCUGCGCUACUCCUAGCGUUCCUGGCGUUCGCCAGUUGCGACGUGUCUCACAUACUGCAAGAACAGCACCUGCCCUACGAGACUACGACUUCAGAGCAGCCGCCGCCAAGGCCCUACGUGUUCUCUUAUACAGCGGGAAGGUAUCCUGGACAUACUGACCGACAGCAUACUGAAGUCAGCGAUGGCAGUGGUGUAGUUAGAGGAUCGUUCUCCUACGUGGAUCCCCGCCAGAAAGUUCGCACAGUAGACUACGUCGCAGAUAAGCAGGGCUUCCAUCCCCUUUUAAGUGAUGUCCCACCUGAACACCCAACAGACUCCGAAUCAGUUGCAAGGGCCAAGGAUAGGCACUUCCAACUUUACGCUAAGAUUGCUGAGCAGCACGCCCAUCCCGAAGAAGUCCCUUCACCUCGUGAAACUGAAGCUGUUGCUGCAGCAAGAGCAAAACACGCACAACUCUUUAAAGUAAUAGCUGAACAACACGCGAGGAUAGCAGCGGAGAGGGAAGCACUUCUCCGAGAAGAAGAAGAAGAAAAGCAACAUUUACAGGAACUGGAACAAUAG